AAAGCGACAGAGGGGAAAAAAAAAGCUCUGUGGGAAAGCAACACGAUGGGAAUGUCAACAAGUAAAGCGACGUGGAACACGAGCAACAUCAACAGUAACGACAAUGGACCAGCGCCGUACGUCUGACGACGCCGGUCUUUUAACAGCCCCCAAUCGUGAUUGGCGACAGCUGCGCGGCCACCAGGCGUGAAGUGGCUGCCUCGUCCACCCAACAGGAAGUAUACCUUGCCAAAAUAAGAGCGCAGGACGGGGGACGCUCGCUCCUGUCCUGCAGAACGUCACAGUAUAGAAUCCCUCUACCUGUAUAUGAAGGGACUCUAGGGAAGACAGACGUGAGAAAGGCUAGUCAUGCUAAUCUUAAAUGCUAAAUUCUCUACUGCUCGGUUUUGCUGCCAUGUUAUAACUAAAAGCUUGCCUGAAGCAAGAGGAAAGUUUCCUUCCUUCCUGAGGAGCUACGCUGUAUUUUCCUGCUGACUCGCAUGACACUGGUACGAUCCAAGGAUGGCUCAUCCUCCUCGAGUGCACCUUGCUUCCUCCUGUACUUCAUCCCGCCUCUUGAGGACGGUUCCGCUUCGACUUUGUUCACACCGACUGACUGAAGGAGCGGCUCUGAUCCAGCAGACAACAAAAGCAAAGAAUGGCUGCGCCUCGCAAGGGACAACUGACGGCGUCUGAGAGGAAAAUCUUACAAGUCAUUGAGGCUGGUGAUGUGCAGGAGGCGGCCCAACUGCUUGCAGGUGAAGAUGUGCGAGUCAACUGCUUGGACGAGGAUGGGAUGACUCCACUGAUGCACGCGGCCUAUAAGGGUAAAGCCGAAAUGUGCCGUCUGCUGCUGCAGCAUGGGGCUGAUGUCAACUGCAACCAGCACCAGCAUGGAUACACUGCUCUCAUGUUUGCUGGAUUGUCAGGUAAGACCGACAUUACCUCCAUGAUGCUGGACGCUGGUGCAGAGACAGACCUGGUGAACUCUGUGGGUCGCACCGCUGCUCAGAUGGCGGCUUUUGUGGGCCAGCACGACUGCGUGACGGUGAUCAAUAAUUUCUUUUCACGGGCAAGACUGGAGUACUACACCAGACCUCAGGGGCUGGAGAGAGAGCCAAAGCUGCCCCCAGGGCUGGCAGGACCCCUGCACAAAAUCAUUAUGACAACCAACCUCCAUCCAGUCAAGAUAGUCAUGCUGGUGAGGGAGAACCCUGUCCUGGUGGAUGUUGGAGCCCUGGAGAAGUGUUCCCAAGUGAUGGACCUGCUGUGUGAACAGUGUGUGAAGCAGCAAGACAUGAACGAAGUCUUGGCCAUGAAGAUGCAUUACAUCAGCUGCGUGCUGCAGAAAUGCGUCAGCUUCCUGCAGAAACAGGACGACAAGUUGGACGCGCUGGUGAAGAGCCUGCUGAGGGGGAGAGAUAGCGAUGGCUUCCCACAGUACCAGGAGAAGUUCAUCCGAGACUGCAUCAGGAAGUUCCCGUACUGUGAGACCACACUGCUUCAGCAGCUGGUGAGGACCAUUGCACCGGUAGAGAUUGGCAAUGACCCGACGGCAUUCUCAGUCUUAACUCAAGCACUGACUGGUCAGAUGGCGUUUGUGGAUGCUGACUACUGUGCUACAUGUGGCGAGCGCGGCGCCGACAAGAGGUGCUCCCUCUGUAAGGCUGUGACUUACUGCAGUUUGACGUGCCAAAAGCUGCACUGGUUCACCCAUAAAAAGAUGUGCAGGGCGAUACAGGAGCAGAACGCAGACUUGGAAAGAGACGCCCCGCGACUGAAAGAACUGAAAGAAGACGAGAGCGACCUGGUGAUGGAGACCGCCAACUUCCUGCAGGAGUUGUGUCUGCGGGCCGAGGAGAAGGUGGCUGCUGCCGGAGGCUGCCCUGGAGAGCUGCUGGUCUGCCCAUCCGCACCCUCGGAGGACCCAUCCAGCCCCCAAAACUGAACCGCAUCUCUUUGUGACUUUUCAACAACGUCCUGCAGGAGGGGAUGUCGUGUGUGUGUGCAGCAUUUACCUUAUAGUUGUAGCGCUUUUAAGAUAUUGUUACUUCCAGACAGAAAAACACAGGCUGUGUCUCAAGUUGCGCACUUGCGUACUUAUGCUUGGUCUUUUGAGUGCACAAGUGCGUUCAUAGUGACAAGUACGGCAAAAUCCUCCACAGUAAUCCCUCAUUUAUGACGGUUAAUCGGUUCCAGACCAGCCGUGAUAAGUGAAUUUCCUCCUAGUAGGAUUUCUUAUUUAUAAAUGGAAGAUUUUUGUCGUUAGAGCUUAGAAAACCUGCUUAAGACCUUCUAAAUGUGCCUUUUACCCUUACUAAAGCCCUUUAGACAUGAAAUAACACCCCUAUAGUCACCUUUACACUCCUAUUACUCAAUACAGUGUUCCCUCGCUGUAUCGCGGUUCACCUUUCGUGGAGUCACUGUUUACCGAUUUUUUUUUUGUGCGAGCGUGGCCCUUUAAGAAGAAUUGCAUUGUGGGAAGUUGAGUGUCUAACUCUUCCCUCUCUCGCCCGUCUGCACCGCCCAUUCUUAUGUGCGUCCUGAUUGGCUGUAGCCCAUUGUCAAUCAAUCUCCUUCGUGCCGUCCUGCCAUGUCUCCUGUGUCAUCGCUAGCUUGCUUGUUUGCUAGCUUGUAAAUGAAUCUUGGGUUUGUCUGCAGUAAUAUGUUUUAACAAGGAUACAAACAAAGCUACAGUACAGCGGAACGGCGCCAGGACGAAAAGACACGGCCCCGGGAGUGAAAUAUGCGUGAGUGACUUCAUCAUUUCCUGUGUUGAUCAUUAAGGUUGAUUAUUCAAAUGCAAACGAAGGUUUGAACUUUUUUGAGAGUGAUUAAAUAAGAGAGAAAUGUGAGAAAAUGUCAAUGCAGUCAUGCACUCAAAACGCCAAAGUGUUUGUGCGCAAAUUGAGAAGCAGCCAAACUUUUCCUCCAGAAACACUUCCUGGGUAUCCACCUAUCAUACUCAUGCUAAGGUGCGUUGACAGACCUCGAAAUUCCAGACAACACAACAUUACAAACAGAGCUUAUGAUAUCCUGUAUAGUUACACACUACCAGUCAAAAGUUUGGAGACACUUUAUAAUGGUAUUGGAUGAGAAAGUGUCCCCAAACUUUUGACUGGUAGUGUAUGAAA